CAAUGUUCUAUCCAAUUUCUGAAAGGUUUCAAGUCGUUAAGGUGAAUACAUAAAUCAAUUUUCCACAAUGAAAGCCAUCGUUUUUGCACUAGGAUUCCUAACUUGCUUAAGCUUCGCUUAUGCUGAUUCGAGAUUUAACACAACAGCUGAAGAAGUCAGACAAGUACUUCAAGAGAUCGAUCCUGCAAUAGUUUCUGCACUAUCGUUGACUGCGUUUGACAGGAUAAAGGUUUCCAUGACCUCCGCAUCAAUUUCUGACUUCUCCAAAUUUGUCUUCCCAGUGUUGAUAGAUGAUGGCUCAAAUGUAAGGGGUACUUUCCAGCUUGAAAAUCUCGCAGCCAAUUUGAAUAAUCUCUAUACAGAUCAUGGAACAGGAAUUAUCGGCCAGAUUCCACAAUUUGAUGUUGCGGUUGGUGGAAUUAAUAUUGGCCUCAAUGCUUCUUACACUACUUCACCUCUCCGUUUGACAACCCUUUCAUCUUUGCUUCAACUUAAAUCUAUUUACGUAAGUAAGGAAAUCUAUUAAAAACUUAAUUUGAUA